UCUGACGGAGUUGGUGGAGUUGAUCAGUCAGUCAUUCUCCUUCUCAGCCACAUUCUCCUUCUCAGCCAAUUUAUAUAUAUUGUCCUGUGGCUUGUGUGUUCAGUCAGUCAGUCUCCUUUUCUCAGGCAUUCUAUUUGUACCUGGAUUAAUGGUGCGCAGGGCACCUGUACAGGUGCAUAACCGUUUCUAAUGGAUUAUCGUAUCUGCUAAGGGUGCCAGUGACGUCAUGGGCCAGGCAACCACUCAAGGACAGCCAUAUAUUACGUCAAAAUAAACCCACCACGCACAUAAUACUGAUAAAAGUGACACCCAGAGGAAGGAAAGGGGAGAUAAGUAACCAACACCACACUAGAAACCCCCAGGCACUCAUAGUAAACGAGUGCCAAGGAGUGCCAAGGGAGGUGGACGGCCAUAUAUCACACGUCAAAAUAACAUACUACUGAUAUAAGUGGCACCCAGGACAAGGAAAGGAGGAACAAAUAACGAACACCACACUGGAAAUCCUAGGCACUCGUAGUAAACGAGUGCCAAGGAGUGCCAAGUGAGGGCCAUAUACAACACGUCAAAAUAACAUACUACUGAUAAAAGUGGCACCCAAGACAAGGAAAGGAAGGAAAACUAACCAACACCACACUGGAAAUCCUAGGCACUCGUAGUAAACCAGUGCCAAGGAGUGCCAAGUGAGGGCCAUGUUUCACACUUCAAAAUAACAUACUACUGAAAAAAAACUGGCACCCAAGGACAAGGAAAGGAGGGGAAACUAACCACACUACACUAUAAGCCUCCACACGCCCAGAAUAAACGAGAGCCAAGGAGUCUACGGGAGUGUCAGCCAGGCAGCGGAGUGUCACCCUCGAGUGCCAGCGGUGUGUUGUGUGUGAUGAUGAGGUGAAGCAGGAGCGAUGGCCUCUGCCGCCCACCAUCACCAGAACGCCCGCAAUGGCAUCAAGGUGUUCCAGAUUGUGGUGCUGGGCGAGGGCGGGGUGGGCAAGUCAGCGCUCACCCUCCAGUUCGUGAGCCACAACUUCCUGGAGUACCACGACCCAACCAUCGAGGAUGCGUACCAGCGCCAGGCCGUCAUCGAUGGAGAGCCGGCCCUUCUGGACAUCCUGGACACGGCCGGACAAAUUGAGUUCACGGCCAUGCGCGACCAAUACAUGCGGUGCGGCGAAGGCUUCCUGAUCUGCUACUCCCUGACGGACCGACGCAGCUUUGAGGAAGUGGCUGGCUACAAGAGGCUGAUCACCAAAGUGCGGGCGGCGGACUCCAUUCCUAUCGUGCUAGUGGGCAAUAAAGUGGACUUGGAUGAUCGCAAGGUCACCACAGAGGAGGGUCAAGCCUUGGCUCAAGCGAUGGGCUGUCCCUUUUUUGAGACGUCAGCAGCCCUCCGACACUUUGUGGAUGACGCCUUCCACAUGCUGGUGAGGGAGAUCCGCAAGAAGCAGAAGGAGGCUGCCAGCGGGGUGUCCGUGGAGAGGGUCAAGCCGCUCUCUCGCUGGGCAAGGUUCAAGAAUUUAGUUUUAUGGUUUUUUCGCCGGCCUCGCUACAAGAUUGUGUCAUGUACCGGGUGAGAGGAUUGCACGGCAGUCUGCUCGGGAGUGAAUCUCACCACAAAGCUUUGCGGAAACUGUGGGCCAUUUUACAGAUUCAUUAUUGAUGUGAAGUGUUUCCUCCAUUAUGAAACUGUUCCCUUCUAGCAAGCAUGAGAAACUGUGGAUCAUUUUACGGAUUCAUUAUUGAUAUGAAGUAUUCCUCCAUCAUGAAACUGUUCCCUUCUAGCAAGCAUGAGAGAUUGUGGAUCAUUUUACGGAGUCAAUAUUGACGUGAAGUGUUUCUCUAUCAUGAAACAGUUCCCUUCUAGCAACCAUGAGAAAUUGUGGAUCAUUUUACUGAGAUUCAUUAUUGAUGUGAAGUGUUCCUUCAUCAUGAAACUAUUCCCUUCUAGCAAGCAUGAGAAAUUGUGGAUCAUUUUACAGAGAUUAUUGAUAUGAAGUGUUCCUCUAUCAUGAAACUGUUCCCUUCUAUCAAGCAUGAGAGACCGUAACUAACACUCAGCCAUGCACACCCGCUGAGGGAGUCAUGGCGAGCAGGGAUCAGAAUGGAUUGAUAGGUAGGUAGGAGCAGAAUGAGAGACUUGGGCCAACGUCAUCACAGGUACAAUGCUGUUACCAAAGGAGCUGUGCAAGAUUCAAUCUGAUGGUGAAUGGUUCUUUAUAUCCUGGGUGCUUGUUGGAGAUCCUGACAACACAUAUGGCACAAACAGAAACAUUAUUGUAUUAGUAUCAGUAUGAAUUUCACACGGCGUUUUUGGUUCUUCUUUGUAUCCUGGGUGCUUGCUGGAGAUCCCUGACAACACACACAGCACAAAAAAACUCUUGUAUCAGUAUCAGUUUGGAUUUCACACGGCGUUUUUGGUGACAUGGCGCCUCUGAUUAGGGUAGCCAAACUCUCCUAUCCUGUUGCCCUUGGUAGGUGAACACAAGCAAUUUCCUCAGUUAGCACAGCACAACCCUUGCAUUGUAAACACACAACGUCUUCUGUGCGGAUGGUUCACCAGUGUCUAGCUUCAAGUCUUUUAUUGUUGUAACUGUUAGUGUUAGCGUGUGACACCAGCGCGCUUGCUCAGUCUAGAUAACGAAGGAGAUAUUGUGGAACUUUCAGACGAUGGCCUUAAUAAUAAUAAUACAGCGAGUCGUGUUACGUCUUCGCAGUUAUAAUACGUAGGACUUUAACACGUGUUUUUAAACAUAUCGGCGCCUCACCUCGACUAUUUCUAAAGCCCAUCGUGGAAGCUCCUGGGAUUUUCAUGGGCUGUUUUGUGAUCCCGGUGAUAGUUUUACACGACUUCUGCAUCUUGAAUGGAAAAAACACCCUUGAAAACCCGAAUAAUCUUCCCUGUGGCCUUGAGAAAUAGUCGUGACAGAAGCCAGAUACGUUUAAGAAUGUGGAAGUUUAUCUAGUGAUGUGACGGCUGCGUGAAUGUGGCACUAGAAGGGUUAGGUUCGAGUGGCCACAGACCUAGUUGACGUAUAUAUUUUUUCCAUUACAAGACACUACGAGCCUUAACGAGGGUGAAGAACAUCUCUGUAGACCUUGUGACAGUUACGAUAGGGACAGUCUGGGUGUGUCAUGUACGUGUUUGUGUGUGUGUGUGUAUGUGUGUGUCUAGUUUUUCUUCAGGUAAAGGAGAUUAUAGGAAGUUAAAAUUAUCAGUUAUGGUGCAAAGACUCCCAUGUGCUCACUGACUGUCCCCUUAUAGUCUUGUUUUCCUAAGGUGCCGACAUCCAUAGCAGUCAUUCCAGGUCGAGUUUGCAAGAGUCACCCAUUGGAACCCUGUAAACUCCUUACUAUUGGUUGGCAUUUCUUACUACCAGGGAAGGUGUUAUAGAAGGUUGGUUACAGGAAGGUUAUACAAUUGUCCCUCAAAUAGUGCAGUUUCCAAUAGUUCGGAUUUGGUUUUAUGUGGAGCUUCUAAGAAGAUUUUUAAGGAUUUUUAAAUAUCCCAGUGAGCAGGAAAUUUGAAAAUCCUAAAAGAUCUUCUAUGACAAUCCGUAUAAAACCAAAACCGUACUAUCUGAGGGACGACUGUAUUAAGUUGCAAAGGCUCAUAAAUAUACCACUUCAUGUAUACUUAGUAUUGCGUAAAUUGCCUAUGCAUGUGACAGGAUCAUGGAAAGGGUUCUCCAAGUAUACUUAAACAAUGUGAAGAUCAUGACAACGAACGCAUUAUUUUGCCUGUCGUAAUGUUUUUCUAUGAUCCAGGUUCUUGUUACGUAAGCACAAUGCCAUUAUUUGUAUCUCGUAACUUGUGGACUGAGUAAGACUGACCGAGCAGAGUGUUUGUAUGUGUGAACAGUGGAGUGAAUGUACGAUGGGUGGAUUGAUGUAUGUAUGUGAUGUAUGUAUGUGUGAACAGUGGAGUGAAUGUACGAUGGGUGGAUUGAUUGUUUUUACAGCAAAGGAAACAGCUCAAGGGCAUGUAAAUACAACCCACACUGGCAGACAACAGAGGUAUAUGUAGCUUAAAGGCAACAAAAAUAAAGUGUAGAGAAAAAGCCCACUGUGAAAGCCAUGAGCUGCUGGGUACUGUGAGGCAUCCCAGCUCUGACCAAUGGCUUUUCUUGAUACGUGAGCAGAAUGUUUGUACGUAUUAAGAGUGAAUGUAUGUACGAUGGUGUGGAGUGAUCCUAUGAAAGCCAUGACCUGCUGACUACUGUGAGGUAUCCCUGCUCUGGGCACCGGCUAUUCUUGAUCACAGCACAGAGUAACCACGUCAGAACUAGCUUACACUUGAUGCCUGUUUGAAGAAGCUACUCAGAAGUUUACUCUCGAAAUGGCGCAAAUGGUUUUACUCUGAACCACCAAGAACGACUCUUCUAGCUUACUCUUGAUGCCUAUUUGAAAAAAGCUACUCAGAAGUUUACUCUCGAAAUGGCGCAAAUCGUUCUACUCUGAACCACCAAGAACGACUCUCUUCUAGCUUACUCUUGAUGCCUAUUUGAAAAAAGCUACUCAGAAGUUCACUCUCGAAACGGUGCAAAUCGUUCUACUCUGAACAGCAAAGAACGACCCUCACCAACCCCAAACAGACCUUGUCAUUAGUUUACUUCUGAUGCCUAUUGAAAAAGCUACUCCGAGAAUUACCCUCGAAACAGCGCUCACCAUUUAACUAUGAACGGCAAAGAACGACCCUCACCAACCCUAAACUGACUUAAAAUACCUUGUGCUACCAUGUGAGGAUACCUUGAGGCUGAGUCAUGAAAACCCAGCCACCUACGAAGCCUCAUAACCUUUCCCUUACCAACCCUUAUCAAGUGGAUGUCUUGUAGUAUCUUUAACCUUUAAUUCUUAUAUAUUUAGCCUCAUGCCAGAUCCCAUGUCCUGUCUGCCUCGUAUGUCUCUUGGAAAGCCCUCCACCAGCUUGCAGAAGAGGUGUGAUUAAUCUCUUCCUUAAUGCAGACUCCUUUAUAUAUAUAUAUAUGCCAAAGAUAUUCAUUUUUCUUACCUCCAGCAAUAUUUUCUAAGUCCACGUGGAUUCCCUGCCUUACGCACCAUAUCGCUCUUGUCCGGUGCUGGAAUUUUACUCACUCAGUGCUGCUAUAAAACCUAACAUUCCUCUCCCUGAAUCUACCCUCAGAAGCACACGUUCUUGUAUUCCUUCAACACACGGGAAGUUUUCCACCUGCACUACGUAAUGUCGUGUACCAAGUAGUUCACAUUUUACUGCCUGGAUUUUGCCUUGUUGAACUCCUUGUCUGAUUCAGUGCUAAAAAUAACCUUCUACCUAACAUUCCUCUCUCUGAAUCUACCCUCAGAAGCACACAUUUUCGUAUACGUUCAACACACGGGAAGUUUUUUCACCUGCAACUAUAUAAUGUCGUGUAACCAAGUAGUUCACAUUUUACUGCCUGGAUUUUGCCUUGUUGAACUCCUUGUCCGAUUCAGUGCUUAAAAAAAACUACUAACAUUCCUCUCUGAAUUUACCCUCGGAAGCACACGUUCUUGUAUUCCUUCAACACACGGGAAGGUUUUUCACCUGCCACUGCGUAAUGUCAUGUACCAAUGCUCUCAUGUAGUUCACCUUUUACUGCCUGAAUUUUGCCUUGUUGCACUCCUUGUACGAUGCAGCCACACAGUAUUGUUUCCUGAACCUCUCUCAGCAGAUAUUACAGGCUAUGUGCGGAGCCUCGUCAAAGUGCUUGUAGAGAAAUAGUCUUGUAUACCCUGUUUUUAAUCCUCCCUUCCCCCAGUGCAAUAAAAUGUAAGCCUGUAUUUUUAAACGUAUCGGCACCUUAGUUUGCCUGUUUGAAAAGCCUCUCGUGGAAGCUGCCGGGGUUUUCAUGGGCUGUUUUGUGAUCCCGGUGAUAGUUUUACACAGCUUAUGCAUCUUAAGUAGGGAAAUCACCCAUGAAAGCCCGGUUAAUCUUCCCCGUGUCCUUGGGAAAUGGUCAUAAUGGGAGACCGAUACGUUUGAUCGGGCCUUCUACCAUACCAUAAUCACAUGUGGGAAACUGUUAUGCAAACCUUUUGUCUCCUUGUAUUAGAACAGAAGAAAAGUUACGCUCAAACCACCAUCCCGAACACUGUUGUCUGCCUGCCCGACUGUCGAGUUCGAUAUCAAAUUCUGCACCUAUAGUGAAGUCGUUUUAACUCAAUGUAUGCAGUGUCCUAUUUAGCUUUCUUUUAUACUGUUUCUGAUUUUUGGGCUGAAAGGACACAUGGUGAUUAAAGUAAGAAACAGUGGACGUAAUGUGAGAUGUAUCCAGUUAACAUGCUUGCAGGCCCUUGAGAUCUGCCAGAAAAAAAGAAUGCAGUGUGAGAUUGUACCUAGAACAUGCUUACAGGACUCCGAGAUCUGGCAGAAACAAGACGUAGUGUGAGAUUGUACCUAUAACAUGCUUGCGUGACCCUGAGAUCCGGCAGUGAUGUUCUUGCUCAACCAUAGACUGGACACUAUAUAGAUGACCGUACAGGGAGACAAGGCCUAUAGAUGUAGAGCAAGAGUUUGCAGUAGAGUGAUAAUGCAAGCUGGCCUUAUAUUGAUGCUACUGGGAAUACUUGGGGCAGUGUUCAAUACCCAAUGCAAUAGAAGUUGUUCUAUGUGCUUGAUACUUUCGGUCUAAUGCAAUCGAGGCUGGUGAUCGCUGGAGAAAGGAACACCAGGGAAACGGUCCUAUGCUAUGAUACCGGUGCUGUGUGCUGACCAAAGUAGUCUGUUAGUCGUGCGUGCGUGCUGACCAUAUGUGUUCCUACGAGACUUAGGUCAAUGUGCUGUACAGUGGAGAAUAGUUAAGUCUUGUACCACCUGAGUUUUGAUUUCUUUGGCACAAAUGUGUUGGAGAGGAGCGGACGGUUGUGUGUUUGCCGUUUAUUUCGCUUUCCGUUCUACUUUUUCCUCCUGUUUAUUGAAAAGUUCCAUAGCCUACGAGUGAAGGUGUUGCACCGUAUACUCAAGUGUUUCCGUGUGUGUCUAAAUAUUUCCUCAUCUCAUAACAUGUGUAGCCCUAGGUAAAGUAUUGAAAACUCCUCCUUUGUCAUUUCAUUCAUCCUUUUCACUCAUUUUCAGUAUUAAAUCAUGAAUGGAUGUGUUCGAGAUUUUACACAAAUUUAUUUUCUGUGUUUAAGAGAUUUCGUUAUUUUUUGUAUCAUUGACCAAAUUGUGACACCGGUUGUUGUGACGGUUAUGUUGUAGUUUUAUGCUUUUUUCUAUACCAUAUUAUGUCAUCCUAGAUAUGUAUACCAAUGUUGUACUGAGCCUUUAGUGAAAUACAUUGAUAUAUUUUUCAAACCAGACACCAAGACAGUUUAGGGUCGAAUUAUAAGACAUUUUGCUGCCCAAGAACACACAUUUAACAAGGAUUUCAUAUGAGUUGUGGGCAUUUCCAGUAGUAGUUUUAUGACCCUGGUGGUAGUUUGACCCUUCUGUAUCAUGAGCCUAAAGAACCAAUUAUUAGAACCCAACUGACCCCUCUUUGAUUUCCAAUAGUAGUUUUAUGACCCUGGUGGUAGUCUGACCCUUCUUCUGCACCAUGAGCCUAAAGAAGCACUCAUUAGAACCCGACUGACCCCCUCUUUUAUUUCCAGUAGUAGUUUUAUGACCCUGGUGGUAGUUUGACCCUUCUUCUGUACCGUGAGCCUAAAGAACCACUCCUCAGAACCCGACUGACCCCCGCUUUGGCCUUUAGAAAUUGCCGACGUGGGAAGCGAAACUGUCUUAUAAUGCUGACCUGAAUUUCCUUGUGUCAACCCGUUCACCUUUUGCCGAGCCGUAUCUUUUCAACACAAGCUUCCAAACAUGAAUAAAAGUUAAAGAAAUGUAAA